CAUCUCUCCAUCGAUCUUUCACUCCAUCAGCACCAUCAAACAUAUUCCUUUUGUUAUCGAUCAAAACCCACGUUUAAAGGUUCACAAUCCCACGUCGCCACCUGUUCACUUUACGACGUCUUUCCCCGUGCUUCUCGGCUUUCACUCACUACUUUGUCCCACAACAUCCUGUUUGACAUUUGCUCCGCUUCAACAUCGCACUUCAUCCCUUCAAACACUUUUAACAUCCAUUGCCAAGUGGUGUCUGACAUUCUCCUUCUCGUACGUGUCACACCCAUCGCUCCUUUGAAGACUCAAAACACUCCGAUAGAGCGCUUGUCUCUUCAAAACGACCGUUUACACCGCCCUCCGACCAGAAGCGAGAGGCCUUCGUCAUCACAACUGAGCACCCAAUCUUCUAUCCUCAAACCUCACUCCACUUCAUCCAUUCUUACAUAUACACAACCUUCACUCCUUUGCGACUACUCCACAUUCGUAUUGCGUGAUAUACACAUCAUCGAUAUAUAUAGAUAAUCAAAUCGUCAUGUCGUUCGAUCUCCCUGCCCAUUUACAGGGUCUCAAUACUCUUACCCCUUCUCCUCGUGACGACCAAGCUUUAGUACAGGAUCAAGAACAAGAAUUCUGGGCGUAUCUUCACGCUGAUGAUCUGUUCAAGAACUUUGGAACAAACGAAGCAUAUCCCGGCAAACUCACACCGGCGGUCAACGAUAAGAAGCCCGAAGCCACAACACAGCUACCUUCUCUUUCAGACUUUAUUGCAAAGUUCGUAUCGGACUCUACUCCCGCUGGGGACGACGAAGAUAUAGCUGCUCGACAGUUACCUUAUCCAUUCGCGGGUGGCUAUUCUCCAGCCACGGGUGCCUCGACUCUACCAAACACCCCCAGGACGGGACUUCCCUUGGGUCUGGUAAACACGGCAGAUGUCAUGCCGAGACCACAUGAGGAGGACGAGAGGAUUUCAGGUGCAAAAAAGUUGAAGCAGAUUGGAGCUGGUCCAGAAGUGAUUCAAGAGGACAAGCGAAGACGGAAUACCGAGGCUAGUGCCAGGUUCAGAGCGAAGAAGAAGGAACGUGAACAGGCAGUUGAGCAACAGAACAAAAUACUUCAAGCUCAAGUGGCUGAACUCUCCGCUCAGAAACAACGACUCGAAUCUGAGAACACGCUUCUUCGACAGAUAGUCCUUCACGGUAAAGCCGGAGCUGUCGAUGGCGGUGAACUCGCCGGUCUCUUUGCCGGUCUCAAGCGUCGACGAGAAGAUUAGUCUCGUGUCAUGUGUGGAUAGGUCAGUGUAUCUGUAGUGUGGUAUAGAAGUUUCAAAGUUCAAAGUCAAGGGUUGUGGGAGGUUGUUAGCUAUAUCUAGCUUGCAUCUUGAUUUACUAUU